AUGGAAAAGCAAUCCUCGGACAAGCUGAUCUGUAUUAAGGCCGGAUUCUUCUUCGUCAUCCUGUUCUUCUGGGCGAGCGGCGUCGCCUUGAUUUGUCUGGGCGCCACGGUACAGAUGAAGCUGUCGGACGUCUCUGUGGUCAUCGCCGAGACCUCCUCCGGAGCCCCUCUGGCCCUAACCAUUUUGGGAAUGGUCAUCUUCUUCCUGUCUGGAUUUGGUGCCGUGGCCGUGAUCAAAGAAAACAGCCUCUUGAUAAAAAUCUUCACAGGGGUCAUGCUGCUGGUGUUCGCCAUAGAGAUCAUAGUGGGGAUAUCGGCGUAUUCCUACAGGGACAUGCUGCAGCGCGAUGUACUUCAGAGGUUUAUGAAGAUGCUGGACAGAUAUGGAAAAGACAAGUCGAUAAGUCGAGGGUUGGACGGUGUCCAGCAAGAGUUCCAGUGCUGUGGAGCCAGGAAUUACACUGACUGGUUCAGAAAUGUCAGUUCUGCGGCGUCCCCCGACUCUGUGCCCCCCAGCUGCUGCAAGACCAUACGACCGAAGUGUGGAGAGAAUGCGGAGGCAACGUGUGUCCUCCUUGUCUUGCAGGGCUGUGUGUUGAAGAUGCAGAUGUGGAUAUCGGAUCACGUUGAAGUGAUUGGCGCGGUGGGAGUUGGACUCGGCUUCUCACAGAUCUUCGGGAUCCUCUUCUCCUGCCUCCUUGUGAAGAUUCUCCAGGAGAACUACGUGUCCAUGUGA